CGCCGCCCCAGCUUUAUGGAGGAAAGGGACGUGGACCGUUCUGCUAGUGCAUAAGCUCUUCCGACUGGUUAUGGAGCGGGCGCAGCUGACUGCUUCGAACGGCGCAACGCGUGACUCGAGUAGUGUUCGUGCUUCAUGGCAAGGAAUCGAGAAAAUGAAAAAAAGCUCCAGCUUCCAACUGGUCGGGGACAUCGCCCAAAUACGCAGCACGACGCUGAAUCUCAGCUGCCAGCAAGCACUGUUAUUUGUCGGCGAGGUCAGCAGCUUUUAUGCGGCGUGCGUGAGGGUGCGC